AUGUUCGGGUGAAGCAGGGAGCCAGCCGAAGCACCCCUCGGGUGGGAGCGCCGCCAAGGUAACAUGCGAAAGCAAAACCUCAUCACACUACUUUCUGCCCUGCCGCUGGCCGGAGGAUCUGCCGGGAAUGGCUCUGAAAAUGAUGGUUCAGGAGAUGGAUCGCCGAUAUUAUCCACUGUUACAGUAACGCCUCCUCCUGCUAUGCAUUCUUUGACCGCGGAUGACCAUGAGCCAGUACUUGUCACUGCGAGCGCUACUGAAAGCAGCUUUGAAACAAAAAGUACUUCAAGUACUGAACUGAAUGCCGUGAACAAUCAGGACAGCCUAGAAGCAGCAGAACAGUCUAUCUUGAUAUACGUUGUCCCCGUCGUGCUGCUGGUCUUGCUGAUUUUGCUGAUCAUAUUUUUUGUAAUACAUCAUAAAAGGAAAAAGUCUAAGCAAGAUGAGCUGGGAAGCGAAAAUGUGAAAAGUCCUAUUUUUGAAGAAGACACGCCCUCUGUUAUGGAGAUAGAAAUGGAAGAGCUUGAUAAAUGGAUGAACAGCAUGAACAAAAAUGCUGACUGUGAAUGUUUGCCUACUGUAAGAGAAGAAGAAAAAGAAUCAAUUGCCAACCCAAGUGACGGUGAAUCAUGAUGUCAGAACAGCAAAGGAAAGGUUAAAGGGAAGCAGCGCUCAAGCUAACAAUCCCCCAGAUAUUG